AUGUCAAUCACAAGCUUGCCUUUAGAGCUAUUGACUCGUAUUUGUGAGUAUCUUGAGCCUCAAGACUGGGGCGCGCUCAGGAUCACUUGCCGCCAGAUACACGGCAACACACUCGAAGCCUAUACAACGCGAUACUUCAAGAGAAUCUCGCUUCUUCUCACCCGUGAAGGUCUUGACCGCCUGGAUAAUAUUUCAACCAGUAAAACUCUUCGUGGCUCGGUUGAAGAAAUUUGGAUCAUCCCGAACUUGUUCGAAGGCUGGACCCAUUUGGACAAGGCAAAGUUUACAACGGUGGACACUAGGAAACAUUUGGUGAGAUGGGGACGCCGUCCAACAAUGGAAGAAUCGAAUGAAAUUCAGGCUGAGCUUGAGGCUCUAUUUGCCGUCUUCGAAGCUACAAUGAAAGAACACCGUGUCAUUCUCGAAUCCUCAGGACUCUUUGGUACCCUUGAAAAAUGCCUGCCGCGCCUCGAAAACGCUGUCACCAUUGGGUUGCGGUUUUACGCAACACAUUUCCUCCUCAAUAUAGCAAAGCAUACUGGCUUUACCUGUCUGGGCUUACGUGAAUUGAAGAGCAAGUUCAAUUACAAGACUUUUCCAAUGUAUCAUCAGAGAUUGCCGUUCAUGCCUUACGAUUUGGCGUUCUCACAACUGCUGAACGCCAUAAUCAAAUCCAGUCGAAAAGUCCAAGCCCUCCACACGUGCAGCUAUGUCUUUCGCGGCUAUGACUUGUGCGGCAUGAAGUUAAAAUCUUCUCAACUGCCGGAGUCACAGUAUCAAUUACUGCUUCCACUCUUAAAAGAUCUGACGACUCUACAUAUGUGCAUUCGCCUUAAAGAUCACGAACAAGAAACUUUCGAUGAAGGGACCUUUAAACGUCUUCUUAAUGUUCUGGUCACAGUUGCACCGGCACUUAAAACCCUGACCUUUGCGCAAUGGAGUCCCAUAGAAGAAUUAUCUCCUCUCUACUUUAAGAAUCUCUCUCGGAGAAUUCGGUUUUCCCAGCUAGAGGAGCUUCAUCUUCAUUCGAUCGAGGUGACGGUGAAUAGCCUCGAGGAAUUUCUACGGACAGCAGCCCCAACCUUGAAACGACUGCGUCUGGAGUUUGUCAGUUUAGUUGAUGGAAUAACAUCAGCACCAGAUCCAGGACCCCUGACUGAAAACAGUCGUAGUUGGGUCUCUUCAUUAUCCGUCGAAGUCAAAAAUGGCAUGCAGGAGCUCUGGAAGCGCGUUUUUAAAUCUUGGGCAGAUCAUCUCAAGCUGCAAUACGUCGAACUGUCCAACCUUGGGUAUCGGGGAAGAUAUAUAAAGUUGCAAGAUCACUUGUAUACGGACCGCGGGCAGCCGGAUGCACAGCCUUCUCCUGGCUUGAACCCCUCAAGCUUCUAUUUUGAUGCUAAGAGGGCGAAUAUACCCUUCAAGGAGUGGGUCACGCAGCUUCAGAUAGAGAUGUGGCAUCGGACAUACUUUGGAGGUCCCACGCUCCCAGGGACCAGCGGCAUCCAGGUACGCCAACCAGGCCCGGGAUUUAGUAAUAUGGUUUCUUCGGUAUGCAUCAACCCAAUAAGAGGUUAG